AUGGACACGACUUUCAUCACCAUCCACGACCUCUCGCGCGAUGCCUCCAUUCGCUAUGCCUCCGACAGCAUACAGGUUGUCCUUGGCUACCAGCCACACGAGGUUAUCAAUCGCUCCUGCUGGGAAUACUUUCAUCCUCAGGAACUGCCCUUCGCUCGGAGUGUACACGGUCGAGGCGUGCGACUAGAUAAGGCUGCAGUGUUGAAUUACUGCUCGAUUCGGCACAAGGAUGGCUCGUGGGUCGGAUGCGAGUGUGUCUUCACCGUGGUGUACGAUGUGUUGAUCGCAAGUACCACAGUUUACCGCAGUGGAAAGGGAAGUCAAAAGCGCGCCCUUGAUGCUCCCAUCGUCCGCCAGCUGUUCGACUCCUCGCCGCAUGAUCCCCGCUACCACAUGCUUACUUGGAUUUCGGACAAGUUCUCACGACGCCUUACUGAGCCGCUUCAUGAGCCGCGCGCUGCUCUUUUCGUUAAUCGAUUUACCCGCACUGCGACUAUAAUGUACGCUACCAAUGGCGUGUCGGAGAUUCUUGGCAUGAGCCCGGACCAGCUUAUUUCUCGGAGCUUCUUCUAUUGUAUUCAGGAGGCCUGUCUCCGAGAUGCAGUUCGCUGUCUAGAAGGCGCGAAAAGCAACGACUCGAUUGCGUAUCUGCGAUUUUGGUUCCGCAAUCCGUUACAGGACGAUAACAUAGACGUCGAUGGGAACCCUACAUACGGCACCAACCCCUCUGUGGAUCCGAGGACCCCUAUUGAGUUGGAAGCUGUUGUAUCUUGUACGUCUGAUGGUCUCGUUGUUAUUCUCCGCCGAGCUCGAGCUCCAAUCCCGGCUGCUGCUGUCCCGCCGCAGCCUGUGCCUGUCUACGCCAGCGGCCUGUUCGCUGCGCCAUGGGCUUUGGAACCUGUCUUCUCCUACGGUGCGGCAUCUUAUCCUCACGACAGUGCAGUCCGCCAGUCGACAUACCCAGAAGAGAAGAGAAGCUACUGCAGAGACGACAGUAUCUCCAUGGACUCCAGUUCUGCAUCUGCGUCUGCGUCUGCUUCUGCUUCCUCGGGAUACGGCUCCUUCUCGCAGUCCAGCGGUUACGAGUUCGCUUAUCCCCCCUUCCCAGAAGAGCCCAACACGAGGGGACCAAGAGGACCCAAUGCAUCCAAUCUCAUGGAUACUAUUCGCGACGUGGCUGUGUUUGCAUGGGGAAUUGUCGGUAUCAAUCGAUCAUUGGAGCAAUACAAAACAGGAACUCCGACAGGCGAUGCGCACCCCGUCGACUCGGAUACGCCUAUGGGUAAUGCAUGGGCCAGUGAAACUGCGGCAGGCCGUAGCUGGCAGUAA